AUGUGGAGCGCGGCGGCGGUGCGGGCACCGGCUGUGUCGGCCCCCUGGCGGCGGGGUCGGUCGAAUCCCGCGCGGACCUCGGUGGUGGUCCGGCUGGGUAAGUGGCCCAAGGUGAUCGGUGGCGUCCGGUCGUGGCGGGGCAUCAAGUUCGACGAGUUCUCGUUCGAGGUGAAGAAAUGCGGCGACGGGCAGGCGGCCGAGGAGCUCAUGCGGGAGUUCCUGGAGAGCGACGGGCUGGACCACGACUUCUGCCAGUCCGCGUUCGACACCGUGCACCUUGCGUAUAAGCAGCGGCGACCGCCCGAGGAGAUCGCGCUGUUGCAAGACAUGGCCACCAUGCUCAUGCGCGCGCACCGGCAGAAGGUGCAGCUCCCCGAGGAGUUCCUCGCCGACGCGCUGCUCAUGUCGUUCGCGACGAAGGACCCGGAGGCUGCGUUGAGUGGCGACGCGGACGCCGCGCGAAGGAUCGCCGAGAUCCGUGCCGAGUUGAGGAGGAUCUUCGUCGACGGCAAGCCGCCCGAGAUGACCGGCACCAUGGGGUACGCGUCGGACCCGACGGUUGCCACGGCGAAUCAGGUGGACCUGAGCAAGUUCCUGACGCACCUGGAGAAGUGCAAGGCCAGGGCCCGGGAGGACGCCAAGUGGGGCAGGUCGAUGGCGGCGGUGGCGAUCGACGCCGGCGAAAUGGCGGUGCAGGAGUUCGAGGAUCCGAUGGAGGAGAUUGCGAAGUCUAAGAGGGCGUUCACCGAGACGGCGGAUCGCAUCGAAGCCUUGCAAGAGAUCAUCAAGGAUGAACUCUUCGGCGCGAAGAAAUAG